CAGGUGCAGAGGGCGUAGUCGUAGCAGCGCUGAGGCAGACGGCGGAGGGAGAGCGCAAGAAAGACAGACGGAGACGACGGGGGGGAUGUGCGCCUGUUUGUAGUACAUAGCGCUGCAGGUACAGCGACAGACGGCGGAUUGUGCGUUCCGUUCCAGCCCUGGAACACCAUCCCCCAAAUUCCGGAGAUACCCCCCUUCCCCCUGCAAUGUCUGGCGGUGAAGUGCGGGUUAUCCGCCGAGAGGCUGGACAGGAGAGCCCGAGGAUGCCGGCCUGGAAGAGAGAGAUCUUGGAGCGGAGGAAAGCGAAAGGCGGCGGGGCUGGAGCAGGUGCGGCGGAGCCGUCCUCCAGCGCAUCCGCGACCCGGCUCAAUGGAGAGGUAACGGGAGAGAGCAGCGCCUCCAAAAACAAAGAGAGUGUUCCCAGCGCCAGUUCAAGCAGGAACUAUACCAUCACUCCGGCAAGCCAGCAUUUCGCUGGGAAGCGUGGCAGCGCCUCCGCCUCCCCGGAGCUCUCCCCAGUGAAAUCAAACAAAGACCCGUGGAUUACUAACGACAUUCUCGACGCAGAGAAAACCGGUAGAGGACGUGGGGGAGAAGAGAGCCUGGUGCUGCAGGACAGUCUCGGCCCGUUACAGGAGAACCCCUUCAUUAAACUGGAGAAGGAGCGUAAAAGGCGACAGGAUCGCGAGAGCGCCACCCGGCCGGUUCAGCAUAUACUGGAGCUUUACGGCAGUGUUCCGGGCAUCCGGACUAUCCGUGCGGAGAAUAUAAUUAUCAUAGAGUCGGACCCAGGUUAUUUCCCGGAUGGUGGCGGAAUUAAAAGCGGGGCGAAGCUGCAACAGAACGGCACCGUGAGCAGCUACAGUUCCCUGAGUGACCUGGUAGACCGGAGAGGCAGUGGUGUAACCGAGAUCCGCGCAAAGGAGGUGGUCAUUUAUGAUUCAGCACUGAGCCGCAGCGAGGAGAACCUGAGCACGCUGGGUCGGCCCGGUUCUGACGGUGCACUGGACCUCGGGCAGGGCCAGGGCCGGGUGAGCCGCAUGCUGCAGAAAUUCGACCGCAAUUAUGGGCGGCUUCAGCCCAAGUCGCGCAGCACAGAGAACCUGCUGGAGCUGGAGACCGGCCCGCUGAGGCCGCGGCUGCGACCCAAACCGCAGCCAGAUCAGGUGCCAAAGUCCGCCACCCCGCCCCUCCACCGCUCGCCGGCACACAGCCCGGACCGCGUGGAGCCCGGCUCAGUCUUCCAGAGCGCCCUGUCUUCCACGCCCCUCUCUGACGCCUCUCUGGAGGGGCAGGAGAGGGGCGCCUCGCCCGCCGGGUCCCCCCAGUCCGUGUCUUCCUACCGGCGCCAUUUUGAGAAGAGCGGGGGGCGCAGCGUGCGGGUGGACCCUAGAGAAGGGGCCGAGAGGUUCCAGGCCCGGCCGCUCAGGCUGAGGGACUGGCGGGGCCCGGAGGACUCCUCCUGUCCCAGGGUGCCGAGUUCUCCGGAGCGGCACUGGGCCGGCGCCGUGUCCCCGAGCGGCUCGUCUUCGCCGCCCUCCCCCGGGUUCGAGAUCCGGCCCUCGCCCCGGCCCGACCUGUCGGCGCUGCCCGCGGGGGACCUCCAGGCGCGCGCGCUGGCCAACCUGCGCCUGCAGUCCCGCAACUCCUUCACCGUCAUCCCCCGCCGCCGCUCAGCCACCAGCCCCGCCCAGUCCCCGACCCCGCCCGCCACAGCCGUGCCAACGCCCCCCUCCGCCCAGGCUCCGCCCACGCCGCCUACCGCCAAGAAGCAAGAGCGCGAAACUGCCAAAACCGAGCCUCCCAAAACUGAGCCUCCCAAACUGGAGCCUCCCAAACCAGACACCCCCUCUGAACCGGACACCCCCCCAGCUCCCGUGUCCUCGUCGCUGCCCUCGGAGCCCCACCCACCCACCCCCUCUGUGGGGUCUUUGCCCGAAGCAGCCCCCCCCGCGGGUGACCACCUGCCCAUCACAAACAUCGACGACAUCGAGCUGGAGCCCCGGCCGCCCGGCCCCAGCCCCAUGGUUCAGAGGCGCUCGGGGAACACCUUCACCGUGGUGCCCAAACGCAGGGCCGAGCCCCAGCCUGACCCCCAGGCCGGUCCCCCCGAGCCCCCGGACCCGGGCCCUCAGGCCGCCUCCACGCCCCCCCAGGCCCCCUACGCCCAGCUGGGCUCCCUGCUGAAGAAGCGCUACCCCGCUGUGGACGAGAUCGAGGUGAUCGGAGGGUACCUGUCGCUCGGCCGCUCCUGCCUGUCCAGGGUGGGCUCCAGCGGGAAGAAGCUGAACAUCUCCUUUAACGAGUCGGCGCUGUCGAGCACCUUCGAGUACCCUUCGGAGAGCAGCCUCUGGGACAGCGAGGAUGAGGAGCGGGAUGGGGAGGAAGAGGAGGACACGAGGCGGGGGGAAGAGGAGCGGACCGUCGGGGGGCGCAUGCUCAUUCCCCGGGCCAGCUACACCCCGACAAACAGCACCCCAAACGCCGGCACCAACAGCAGCGAUCUGUCCAGUUACACUCCCAAGAACUCUGUAGAUUUCAGCGCCUGGCAGGAACACAAACUUGAUGACCCCUCGUUCCCGGGGGACUCAAAUGCCCAAGGCACAGGGGGGUCUUCAGAGGAAGUGAUGCUCACCCCGGCUGACAGCUCCUCCCGGUCCGAUUUCAGCAGUGAACCGGCGCUCUACUUCUGACCGCAGUGGGACCACACUGGACCGCAGAACCACUUGCCUGCCAGGACUGCUCAUCCUGACCCACAGUGCCACGGGACCAAAACACCCAGCAGUAUAGGACAGGAGUAAUCUGUCCCAACAGAACCUCCGAGUCACACUCCAUUAACAUUCAGAUCCAUCAGAACCACACUGAUUACUGCCGGAACCAGAACACAAACCCUCUCCUCAUCACCCAAGCCCAAAAAAAACCCCAACGAGCUGGACUGCCCCUCCCGCCCACCCCACCCCCACCGUUACCCCACCUCCACCGUUACCCAGCAUGCACCAGUCCCUGUUAGUGGCUGCCAGAGUAACUGUAUCCAGCACUGCCUGCCCUCUUUAAACCAGACACUCCCUGAGAAUCUUUCUCAGAUACACCACCUCUCCUCUAGAGAGCCACUCUCUCCUCAGUGUCGCUGCAGAGGUGGGGGCGUUAUGGAAAGUGAAGUGACCAAAUUCCCGUCCGGAAUCCCGGAAUGCACCCCAGCGGUCCUGCAUGGCGGGAGGAGAAACAGAAGGAGAACACUUUGACUUUUCUUGUGAAAGGGUGCCACAGUCCUCUUCUCUUUGUGCUGUUCUUUCCUACCUGCAUGUUCUGAUGUCGUGUUUUAUUUUUCACAGACCCUGUCCCCAAAAAGCUAUACCCUCCUGUCGGUUAUUAUUCUUUCACGUCACAAUAUGCUGUAUUUCAUGAGCAGGUUUGUCCUGGAGGGCCCUGGUCCAUGGGGGGGUUAUGGGGGUGGGUUACCUAAAUCACAGUUAAAAGGACCUGGCCACAGUUAAAAGUCCUCCUUCAGUGGAAAUAGAGUUGCUGACACCAUUAGAACAGUCAGGUUUAGUGUCCCUAAAUGUUAGCGUGGGGGACUCCUGACAAAAACAGCUUUACCAUAGCAUACUGUAUAUGUGUGCUUACUCUCUCACUGAACGUGUCGGCAAAGCCCAGUAUAUUCCAAUUAUUCCACGGUACCUGCAUGUCAGCAACAUGCUGGAGUGUAAUGAGUAACAUAAGUGUUCAAAGCAGAGGUUUCUGCACGCAGGCACAACAUUUUAUGGAAAUCGGCAGGCAGAAAUGAAUGUCCUUUUUAAAAUAAUGCUUGAGAUUGGAAAAUGAUCAGGCCUGAGAUCUGCUGGACUGGACUGAUCCGGGAACCCAAACCAGGUCCUACUACACCACUGCUGGAGUAUACAGCCUCCCGAGGUCCGGACUCCCGAGAAAUCCGAUCCAUUGUGCAACUGACAAAACGCAAGGCCCAGACACCACAGCCCAGUGCGGCCCGGUUUUGAUUGUAAACCUUCAUGCUCAUUCGGAACAAAGUGCAUUUGGCCCCUACAGGACAUGAGCCUGCUGUCAGUUGGCUGAAACCCUUUCUAAAAUGGCUGAAACUGCUGUAGGCAGGAAGGCAGAAGGCGCAAUCCUGCUGGUGUUCUCGUUUUUUCGUCAGUGUUGUUCGUUGAAACUGUUUUGCCUGUUUAGAACUCGUCCUCCGGAGCGGUCCAGAGGAACCGAGCCGGUCUCUCUGCGCAUGAGUGGGAUGCAGAGAGGACCGCUGAACAUUUACGCUCAGGCAGAACGUCGCUGCUGAAGGACCACCACUCUCCUCUGUUGUGGACUCUCGAACACGAUGCCAAGUGAUUCUUACAUGACUAUUGACUGCUCUGUUGGCUGCUACCAACAUCCUCACCAUCAUCAUCAGCAUCAUCAUCAUCCAUUGAUCAGUAUUGUUGUGGCUCCGGGAUGCUGUUCUCUCAAAUAACAAAUCAAAAACUCUGAUGCAUCUUUUUUUAUCAGUGCUAUUUUCAUAUCUGCGAGCCAGCAUAUGGGUUUUCAACUCCUGUGGGAAAAUAGCUUGCCGGGAUUACUGAGACCGCCUCUGUGUGUGGUCUAAAGAACUGGCAGAAAAAAAGAUGCAUCAGGAGGUGACAUCAUCCAGAG